AACAACUCCACCACUGCAGUGCUGAAUGUGCUCAACAACUGUGGGCCACAGGUAACUGGUAAGAACUAAUUUCACAUAUUUUCUGAAGAAUUACAACACCUGGUGGCAUUUGAUGGGGAAUGGAUUACUCAGAGUACAGUUUAAACAUCAUUUAAUUACCAUAAGAUAUUCACCUGGCCGAACCUGCACAUAAAAAACUAAUAGACAACUUCUGUUGUAAAAGCGUCAUGUGUCGCUGAACAGGGCCCACCCACUGCACUGAUUGUUUGCAAUUGAGGCUUAAGCAGUUUAAAGUAUAUUGAAUUAUUCUGAUUUCUCCAUUUGGAAAUUCAAAUUGAAAUUUGCAUCUUACAAACUGGGUUUACGGUAUAAUCAAUCUGUGCAGAUCAACCUGCCAAGUCUCAAUCAAUCAAUAGUUUUCUGCACAAGUUUUCCUCCCAGCAGUACAAGCUGAGCUCAAUUGUUUUCCCCAUCUGUCACCAGGAGCAGACGCCACCGAAAUCAAUUCUUCUGAAUAUUAAGACCGCCAUUUUAAUCGCUCCGGGCAAGUCUUGUUCAUAACUUUUCCUUUUUGUGCAAGUUUUCAUCAUGUCUGAUAAGGAAAAUGAUGUCGACUCUGUCGAGGUUGCUAAGGAGGAGGAUGUGGUUGCUAAGGAGAAGGAGUUGGUUGCUAGUGACAAUGGUAGUCACCAUGGCAAUAAGGCGAAUAAGGGUUCCAAGAAGGUGCUUCUGCCACCCCCUGGAAGAAUGAGGGGUCACAAGAGUACAGCCAUGUACGUUGCUGGUGCCCAAGCAUAUUUCAACUAUUCCACCAGCAAGAGAAUACAAAGACCUCCCGGUACCGAUGGAGAACAACAAGGAGCCAACCAUAUCCUGCUUUUCACGAUUUUGUAUCCAAAUUACCCUAUCACUGUGGAUGUGAUGCACACGAUCUGCCAGCCACAUGGAGAUGUACAGAGGAUUGUUAUUUUUAAGAAAAAUGGUGUCCAGGCCAUGGUCGAGUUUGACUCAGUGGAGUGCGCCAAGAGAGCCAAGGCUGCCCUUAAUGGAGCUGAUAUUUACUCAGGCUGCUGUCGAUUAAAGAUUGAAUUCGCAAAUCCCAAACGUCUCAACGUUCACAGAAAUGACAGUGAAAGUUGGGAUUAUACUAAUCCGUCAUUGGGGCGUGAACCAGUCGACCGUCCACCUAGGAACCCUCCUCUGCUGCAAGACCCGCGCUAUGGUGAAGGGCCUAUACGCUACAAUAAAGAUGGCAGCGUGAUGCUCACGCCAUCAAGGCAAAGUUUUGAGAACAGCCAAUCUUUCAGAAGAGCGCGUGGUGAAGCGGGGAUGCCUGAUGCAGUGCCACCUGCACUCGAAGCACCACACUACAAUUCACCAGAAGGACAGAAUGGAAAAGAUGCCGGUAGAAACCACCUGGCACAUCAGCACCACUCCUUCCACGGUGGAGACAGGUCACAUGAGGAGUUUAAUGGGUUUGGUCGUCAUCCACAGGGACCGGCCUAUGGUCAGCCUGCUCCCUUCCGAAGGGCUCCAGAAUAUGAGGCCGAGUAUGGCCGCCAUGAGCCAUACAGUGAUGCUGGUUUCCCCCAGGAGCGCUACGUUGGGCAGACGUUCCCUGGUCCAGGUGGCCUGGGGAUGGGCAAGGGAUUCACAGACAGGAAAUCCAUGAUAAAUGAUCCUGUUCUAUCUGCUGGCACCCAGGCCCAACAAGGGGCCGUCUUGAUGGUCUAUAACCUCAACAUGGACAAAAUAAACUGCUCCAGACUGUUUAACCUAUUCUGCUUGUACGGGAAUGUUGUCAGGACGAAGUUCCUGAAGUCCAAGGAAGGUUCUGCCAUGAUCCAGAUGGGUGAUCCGUUAUCAUGUGAGCGGGUAAUCGCCCAUCUAAACAACUGCUUCUUCUUCGGCAACAAGUUGCAGCUCGGGAAAUCAAAACAAGCCUACCUACAAGAUGUGCCCAACCCCCAUGACCUACAGGAUGGCACGCCUUCAUUCAUGGACUUUAUGGGCAGCAAAAACAACCGCUUCACAACGCCAGAGUCCGCUCAGAAGAAUCGCAUUCAUGAGCCGACCAAGGUGUUACAUUAUUUCAACGCCCCACCAAAUAUGAGUGAGGAUGAUAUCAAAAGGGUCUUCGAACAAUUUGGUGUGAAACCACCAAAACGAGUUCGACAAUUUCCAUCAAAAAGUAAGCCUGAACGAAGCUCAACGGGUCUAGUGGAGUUUGAUAGCGCUCAGGAGGCCAUUGAGGCAUUGAUCGUAGGAAAUCAUGCUGAAGUCACAUGUUCAACUGCAAAGAACCCAUACAUCUUCAAGUUAUGUUUCUCAGCCAAAGAGUGACACUCUUCAUUCAACGAUAGACAAAACUAGACUACAUGAACCAAAGACACAUCUAUUUUUAUUCAAUGCCUGUGCAGACAAACAUAUGGAAAUGAUGGGGCAGUAUAAAAAGUGGAAUGGACAUGGAGCACUUUGAUAUGAACUUGCGAGAGUACUGGAGAAAGUCUCGUGUACACAAAGACUGAUUCUAGCAUUCACGUGUUUGAGUGCACCAUUUCUUAACACUAAAUGAAGGAACAUUGUCUACAUUUGGGAGGAUUGUGGCAACAUUUAAACAAAGGGGAAUUUACAAACAAUUGAAGAACUUUCAGGACCUCAUGAUGUGUACUCGUAAACAAUAUUUUGAUUACCAUAGAAAGUACAGGUUCUGAUUUCAUCAAGUGGUUACAGGGAUGUUUGUGUGGAGGCGUCUGCCCGUGCCUGACAGGUUAUGUCACCAGUCAAUUUGUACCGAGGUUGGACGUCUGUUUGGUAUGCGAUUAGAGAGGAUACUCGUCUGGUGCAUGAAACAGUCGUCAGUUUUGUGCGCGUGUUAAAAAUCUUGUGGUUUCCUUCAUCAGUAUCUGAUCUCAAGAUUGAAAUAGUUACAAGUGCCUGAAUUAUACAACUAAAGUCUUAUUUUUACAUAGAUGGCAAUGACAGCCUGGUAUGAUUGAUGGCAAACUUAAAGUUGUCAUGGAUAUUUCAAUGUACUUUUGAUGUUAGGCUAGUAUCUACUGCUCUCCUCUUGUUGCAAGUUUAGUUUUUUUAAAGGGACGGAAAUCUUUUAGGAAAUAAAUGCCUAUACAUAAGGACUAGAUGUUGAAGCUGCCUUAUAGAUCUAAAGAAAAUAGAGGAACAAAUCAGACAAAUGCAUUGCUAGUAUCAGGUAGUUAUCAGAACUGUCUUCAGGUUGAUAUGUCCUGUGUGGUGUUCAGUUUUAUAGACUGUUGCUCUAGGACCUAGGUUUACAAGAAUGUGUGUCUUUGCUGCGUACUGGACAUACCAUUCCUGUUUUGGUUGGGCCUGGCACAGGGGCUGAGGGUUAUAAGGCUGGCAAGUAUUCAUCAAGUUACCCUUCGUCCUUGGACGUAUCAUUGUUGAAAUAUCUUCUGUUACUGCUGUAUUAAUCUGCUUAUCUGUACAACGUUAUUCACAUCUGCUAUGAAUAUUCGAACACACUUGUCGGUACCUUAAUAUUUGCCCAGUUCAGUGAAGCAUAGCCUCGUGUUCUUCUCAAUGCACCAGCAGGAGUUGAAGUUAGGUGUGUUCUUUCUCGAGUGUGUGUUGAUCAUGAAAAUAAAGAGUAGGAACGGUGGAAAUUCUGUCUUGGACGUGGUUUGGGAGACUUGAGUGACAUUCAAUUUCACUGAUUUUGUUGUAUAUUGAAAAGUUAUUAUGACAUCAUGUUUUGCAUUAUGUAACCUGAAGAAGAGUUACGUAUCAUUUGAGUCUUGAGAACAUUUUGUAGUUUGGUAUAGUUAUAACUGACUGAUAACUUAUGUGUCAAGCAGUGUAAUCUGGGAUAGCCCUUGCCGUGUUGCCUGGGCAGCCAAUUCUGUCAGUCACAACCAUCUUGGAAGAUGUUUUUCCUGCAAUAUGGUAAAUGUACUACUAUAAUCAAUUAAUUUGAUCUCAUCAGUGGGCAUCCCUGAAGCUUGGAGCGCGGAGAGGUGCUCUUUGCUUGGACUGACUGACAGAAUGCUUCUUGGGACUUUGGCUGCCCUACGAAAUAUAAUGCCAGGUAUUAUGUUUGGUUAGGAUCGGUUUAUUCAGAUAGACAUCGAAUUCAGAACCUAAGUGAGAUUUGGGUGUAUAACUGCUGGCACAUUUUCGGGGAGUCCUUGCUAGGUCAUGUCCAGCAGAAUUAAAUACGUGUAUUUGAAAGUUGGGUCCUGUGGUAAAAAGCUCAUGAAGUACAACUCGUCUUAUAGAAAGGUUCGAUGCUGAAGAAGGGGGAUGGAUAACUGUCUGACUCAAAGGGGGAAGAACCUAAUGACAAAUGUUUUGAUCUGCAAUACACAUUUGUGCAAUAGAUUGAAUUUAAAUUAUCUAAGAGGGAAUUUUGGGGGAAGGCAUGAGAGAUUUCUAUUGCAGCUUACAAUAGUUAUUGAGUAAUUCUUGGUGGAGUGGGUGUUUGAAGCUUGUUAACAUGACUUAUUCAUUGAGAGAGUAUAGAAGGUUAUUUUUAUCUAGUUGAAGAAUCUGAAGUCUUAUGUAAAGGGUGUGACAAAAACAAUCAUGGUGUAGGAUGCCAUAGAUUUGGUGAAAACACCCUACUGAGUCAUUUAUUAGACAAGCUGGUUCUGAAGUGUGUGGUCACCCAGUUUUUCAUAUCAAAUAUACCACUCUACACUGUCUAACUAGAUAAUACUGUUGGUUCUAGGACAGAAUAUUUUCACCUCUUUGACACUUUGCUGGGAACUUAAGAAAGGGUAUCUCAAGACGUUUACCUUAGAGACAAUUCUAAUCUUGAUCUUCAGGGUUUUAUAGAGGUGGAAAGAGAGUUAUUAGGAAAAAUAUAUAAAGACCUUGUUUUUCAGAUAUGAAUCAAAGCCUUUAUGUAUUUUCUGUUUGUAAAUACAAUUUCUAUGUUCAUUCUGUAUUUUUCAUCAUGUUCAUGUCAUCAACCUUGUCCACAAGUUGGUUCAUUGUUCUUGAGAAAGUGUAGAGCACUAGCCUGGUCUCCAGGGAUGUUCACUCCCCGACAUGGGACACAGCCAAGGGGACGAGGCUGGCGUAACCACUGGAUACAAGGUUGCAUUGUUCACUAUCGAUAACGCAGGGAGUGUGUUAAUUUGUUAGGAUAUGCUGGCGAAAUUUUUAUGGAUAUUUGAUUUCGAUGUUAUGAAUGCAUAUAUAUGUCGCUGUAAUCACUGGCUAUCAUUAGGAAAUCUGGACAAAUGGUGGCCUACGCCUAAACGGCUGAAUACGAUUUAGCUCAAUGUGAUUGAACUUGAGGUUUCAUUUCCGUGAAUGAAAAUGUCAGAUCUUACGAGAUGAACAGUCAUCGCAUGAGACCUAUUUAUAUGUCAGGAUAUUCAUUGGAUGUAGGAGUAACAUGUAAUCAACAUGAGACAUAUUUGUUAUCAUCUGAGUGAGUGGGGAAGUAAGAGUGAGACUAUUCUGCUGUUGAAACAUCAUUAUGAGGGGAACUUUGCCCAGCAUUCUUGUAUUUCUGACAUUUUCACAUGCGAGGGUUAAUUUCAACGUGCGGCACCAAUUACUGUUUUUGAAAAUCUAAUGAUGUUUGUGUUUUUCUUUUUUAAAUUCUACGAAAUUUUAGAUUUAUAUAGCUGAAGGCGAAAUGAAUGAUGAGAGUCAUCACAUAGCUGUUUUAAAUCUGAUGCACAAAGUUUUGUUUUUUAAGGGUCAGAACUUUAUAUCGUCCUGUUGUUAAUUAUGAUGUGAUGAUUGCGUCUUACAAUGCCAUCCUUUGGCUCUAUCACUCACUACAAGGGGUCAGUGUGAAAAAAGUUUGCAUAUCCAAAGCUGGAUUUCCAUUCAAAUUAAGAAAAUUGACCUCACAAUGGUUGUUCCAUCCUGUCUCAUUGAAGUCUUUCCAAGUACACGUCUUUUUGGGAGAACUUUUUCUUGCAUGGUCCCUAGAUUCUUUCUGUGUGUGUAAAGUCACAUUCCAUGGAUUUGGGGGAGUGUAGAGUUUGACUAGAACAGGCAGGAUCAUUCAAGGUCAUUGAUAAUGUUCCCAUAAAAGUUGUCGCAAUCGAAAUAUGUUUGUUUUAUGAUAUAAGUGCCUGGACAUUGUUUUGGUAGGGCCUGCAGGUGAAGCAAUAUCUAACUGCGCCUGGAACUUAUCUGGAAUGAUCUUGACAAUGCAUAGCGCUUGUUUAUGAAUGAGUGUCAGUGAUGGGCCCCAGGUGGCAGCACUUUCUUAAGUUCAUUGUCAUGUAAUCUUUUGUAAUUUGCAGUCCAAAAUAAAACUGGUCCAUGAUAUAAAAAUA